AUGGCCACAACAAUCAACCGCUUGGGUUCCCAGAACCAAGGUAAAUUGCCGUCUCAGCCUGAAUUAAAUCCGAAAAACGUGAGCGCAAUGACCCUAAGGAGCGGGAAGGAAAUUCAGGGGCCUGAACCUGUGAUCCCUAAGGAUAAGGAUGAGAAAAAGAUCGAAAAUGAGCUUGAGAAGGAGGACGGCAAUGGUGCAGACCCAAAGGUACUUCCAGACCCAGUAAUUACAGUUAAAACUAACCCGCCUCCUUUUCCUAGCAGGUUGGAAAAAUCGAAGAAGCAGGAUAAGGAGAAGGAGAUCUUGAAGGUUUUUCGCAAGGUUGAGAUAAAUAUCCCCCUGUUAGACGCAAUCAAACAAGUACCAAAAUAUGCCAAAUUCCUAAGGGACUUAUGUGUCAAUCGAAGGCGAUUGAGGGGGGAUGAGAGGGUCAUUGUUGGGGAGAAUGUGUCAGCGGUCCUGCAGAGGAAGCUUCCACCCAAGUGCGGGGACCCAGGUAUGUUUACUAUCCCCUGUAGGAUAGGCAACACUGUGAUUAGAAUGGCCAUGUUGGAUCUGGGAGCAUCAAUUAAUGUCAUGCCUAAAUCUAUCUAUGCUUCUCUAAAACUAGGUCCAUUAAAAGAAACUGGGAUAAUUAUUCAAUUAGCUGACCGAACCAAUGCAUAUCCUGAUGGGUUGAUUGAAGAUGUGUUGGUAAAAGUUAAUGAUUUGGUGUUUCCAGCUGAUUUUUAUGUACUUGAUAUGGAUGAUGGUCACUCGCCCGAUCCCUCACUUUUGUUAUUAGGUAGACCCUUUAUGAGCACAGCACAAACAAAAAUUGAUGUUAAUAAGGGUAUCUUGUCCAUGGAAUUUGAUGGAAAAAUUGUGCAUUUUAAUAUCUUUGAUACUAUGAAAUAUCCCUCAAACUCCAACUUUAGCUUAGUUUUAUCUGUGAGUGCUAUUGAUCCUACGGUGCAGGAAGUAUUUGAAACUGUUGGCAGGGAUGAAUUGGAGGUAGUUUUGACCAAACACCUCGAGUUGGAGACAACUCCUGAGAUGGAAUGGAGUGAAGAUUUAAAGUGCACGAUAGGAGCACUACACUCAUUGCCAACCUCCACGAAAAGGUACGAAGUUUCACCUAUAUUCAUUCCCGAACCUCACCAGAGGGUAUUGCCAUCGGUGGUGCAGGCGCCUGUUUUGGAGUUGAAACCCUUACCAAAGCACCUGAAGUAUGCAUAUCUGGGUGACAAUGAGAUACUCCCGAUGAUUAUCUCAUCGGCACUGUCAAAAACCCAGGGGGAGAAACUGAUCCGGAUCCUUAGAGAGCAUAAAGAGGCGAUAGGUUGGACAAUCGCAGACAUUAAGGGGAUCAGCCCGGCCAUUUGUAUGCACCGGAUUAGACUGGAAGAGGAUGCUAAACCUGUUCGGCAGGCUCAAAGGAGGCUCAAUCCCCUCAUGAUGGAAGUGGUGAAGAAAGAAAUUUUGAAAUUGCUAGAUGUGGGGAUUAUUUUUGCAAUAUCAGAUAGCCCUUAG